GCGUCUCACUUUACUCCUCAGCCUUGGAAAACUCAGAGAGCUCAAUUAAAAGACCAUGUCCGCCAUCGAGCGUCUACAGUCCUCGGUGUCCUUAUAUAAACCAAAUUCUCCAUGAAAUAGCAUUAUCCCGUGGCCUCGACAAUGGCCAGUUCGGGUGCCGUUCAGGUGAAACUGGAACUCGGCCAUCGUGCCCAGGUCCGAAAGAAACCCACCGUUGAAGGUUUUACGCACGACUGGAUGGUGUUUGUCCGCGGACCGGAGCACAGCAACAUUCAGCAUUUUGUUGAGAAAGUCGUCUUUCAUCUACACGAAAGUUUCCCGAGACCAAAAAGAGUGUGCAAAGAUCCACCAUAUAAAGUUGAAGAGUCUGGAUACGCUGGCUUUAUCUUGCCUAUUGAAGUUUACUUUAAAAAUAAGGAAGAACCCAAAAAAGUGCGCUUCGACUACGAUCUGUUCCUGCAUCUGGAGGGUCACCCGCCUGUCAAUCACCUGCGCUGUGAAAAACUCACCUUCAACAACCCCACGGAAGAGUUUCGCAGGAAGCUGCUCAAGGCCGGAGGGCAACGGGAUCCUCACAAAAGAUCUUCAGAGGACUCAAAGGUAAUGGUAAUGCAGGAAGGCUCCACUUCUUUGUUCGGGCCACAUCUGAAGCUGCCCACAUUACCCAGCAGCUCAUUAACAUUGACCUUCUCUGAUGCCAAAAAGAGCAAGUCGUUCCCAGGGUCAAAGGACGGCUCCAAAAGCAGCAGUGCUCUUACAACUACCAACAACAUCAGCAGCAGCUCCCUCAAGCUCCACAAACCACCCAAGGACCACAAAGACCACAAGGAUAAGCCUUCUAAAGACUCAAAAGAGUCCAAAAGUGCCUUCAGAGAUUUCAGCAAGGACUCUGGAAAACUCUCUAAAGAUUCCAAAAAACCCAAAGAGAAUCAACCAAUUCAGGAAGAUCGGCCUAUUCCUCAAAUGGGGUUCAAGGAGCCCAAGAGCGCGUCGAAGGAGCAGCGCUCAUCCGAGCUCAGCUUCUCAAGCCUGAGUCAAAGUAAACGGCGGCCUGUGCUGGACAAUGAAGGCCAUGUUACCAAAAAACGGAAAAGCAGUUUUUCGGAGAGCUCGCAAAAGCAGCAAGCGUGUCCUGCCCUGCUGCAGCAGCAGCACCAUCAUUCGGAUAAAAAGGUUUUGAAAGACAAGCCGCAGAUCCGGCAUAAUCGAUUACAAAACAGUGAACUUUCAGAGAAGAAAAAGCUGCAAGCAUUACCGCCCUUCCAGAAUGUGUUGGACCCCAAUGACUCUGAUAUGGAUGACAACACCUUCACAAGAUCAGAUUCAGAUCAGCCAAGUCCGGCCAGUUCCAGCUCCAGUUCCAGCUCCGGCUUUGGACGUGGACACAAACGCCAAGUGUUGGGCCCUUUGCGCUCAGUGAUCCCAGAUUUGCACUCGGAUGAAAACGAAGAGGAUUCAGAAGAGGACGAUGAUAAUGACAUGGACUCGGACUUAGAGCGACCAGUGCACACUCAAAUGACACAUCGGCACCGCAGGGUGAGUUUAAGUGACGGCAGUGAGAGUGAAAACAGCUCUGGCUCGUCACCGCUACCCCAUAAUGAUCCUCCGCCGUUGCUGAAAAACAGCAGUAACCAGAUUGAAGUGAAGGGUCCUAUAAAACAGGCGAAGAUGGACAAAAAUAAAAACAUUGACUGUGACAAGGCGUACUUGGAUGAGCUGGUGGAGCUUCACAGAAGACUAAUGGCACUGAGGGAAAGGCACAUAUUACAGCAGAUUGUAAACCUCAUUGAAGAAACGGGACACUUUCACAUCACAAACACAACCUUUGACUUUGACCUUUGCUCUCUGGACAAAACCACAGUUCGGAAGCUGCAAAGCUACCUGGAGACUACCGGAUCGUCUUGAAAACUCGUGCAGCUGGCUGCCACCAGGAGGGAAAUCACCUCCUUUUUGCCCUUCUUUAGUUUUUUUGUUCCUCCUAAAGAGAAACUCAUAAGGCAAUGGAAAGGAUCCGCUUUCAUUCCAGAGCUCCUCUCAUCUCUUGAAUCGCCUCAGAAGUUGACAACAUUUAUUCCAGGAGUCUGGAGAGUUUCACCUAAAAAGCCUUGAUAAUCCGACAUUGCCAAAAAAAUACUCCAAAACAACAUACAUUUGUGUAUAUUGUUACUUGCGUAUGAAUGUUUGAUAGGUUCUUUUGCGAUGAAUGAAUGCAUGUUUCAACACUGCCUUACCACACUGUCUAUUUAUUGAGUAUGAGUUUCAAGUGUGUGUGUGUGUAAGUGCAAAUGAUAAUUAAACUUGUGCAAGCACUUGGGAACAUCCUCAUCUCAUUGACAAUGGAACAUGAUUUUCUUUCACGGUUUUUAUUGACCAUAAGCAACGUUUUUCAUGUUGUGCAUUAACGGUUUUAGAUUUUGCUGGCUGGAAGAAUACUUUUAGCUCUACAAUGAAAACUGCUACAUACUACUAAACAAUACAAUGUUGCCCUUUUAAAGAGGUAGUUUUAAUUCUGCGAUCAUUUACUCACCCUCCACUUGUUCUGAGCCUGUUUGAGAUCUGUUGAACACUAAAGAAUGUUGGGAAUAAAAGAGUCAUUGACUUUCAUAGUAUUUUUUGUUCUUUUUAUAGAUGUAAAUAGCUGUUUUUCCCAACAUACUUCAAAAUAUCUUGAUUUGUGUUCAACAGAAAAAAAAAUCUAUAAUGGUUUAGAACCACUUGAGAGUGGGGAAAUUGGUAUUUUUGGGUUUACUUGCCCUGUUAUUUUGGAUCAAAAUGGAAAAUGUUGUUCUGUACUCACCCCUUUAGCAUUCCAAAUCCAAAUGAAGAUGUUUUAUAGAAAGCUGAGAGAUUGCUGAACCUCCAUUAAAAGUUUAUUCACCCAAAACCUAAAAAAAAUCAAAAGAGAUCCUAAAAAUUCCAUGUUAAGUUGUUUUAACCCAGUGGUCUCAAACUCAGUUCCUGGAGGGCUGCAACUCUGAAAACUUUAGCUCCAACCAUCUCCAACUUCCCCCUGCUUAAGAGUCUUUCGUAGUCUUGAAUACCUUUAUUAUUUGGAUCAGCUGUGUUUGAUUAGUGUUGGAGCUGCGACCCUCCAGGAAUCCAGUUUAAGACCUACAGUAUGGUCUAACCAAAGUCUUCUGAAGAGAUUUUGUUCACAUAAUAACAUUGAUCAGCAAAAAGGAGCUCAAAAACACACUCUUGAUGAAUGAGAAUAAAUCUCAUUGGUUCUUGUGGAAUAAUAAACCUGUCACAGGAACUCAAGAUUGAAGUUUUCAAUGAUCAAGUAAGCAUGCAUAAGCUUCUGUUAGCAAAUACAAAUGCUGUAAACAUGACAAUCACUGUUGAUCUGUAGUUUAAAAGCAUCUUGGAUUAAACCACUCAGUUCAUAUGGGUUUUUGUUUGCUCUCUUAAAGGAACACUCCACUUUUUCUGGAAAUAGUGUCAUUUUCAAGUCACCUACAGUUAAACAUUUGAGUUUUGAAUUCAUUUAGCCUAUCUGUGGGACUGUCGUAAGCACUUUUAGCUUAGCAUAAACCACUGAAUUGGAUUAAUUUGAUCAAAUUAAUUAAACCCUUUUUUAUUUCGAGUGAGAUGCUAAUGGUCUAAUCCAACUCAAUGAUUUAUGCUAAGCUAAGCUAACAAUGCUCCUCCCAGAUCUAGAGAUCGGCUGAAUAAGUUUAACACUCGUAAAUCUCAACUGUUUAACUGUGGGGAGUUGUAAAAUAAGCCUAUUUCCAAAAUAAGUGGAGUGUUCCUUUUAAAAGUCUUUUGAAGCAUCACAUUUACAAUGGAGAGUUCGAAAUCUGUCCGAUUCUAUUACAAAUAUCUUUCUUUCUUUCUUUUUUUUAAAGAGGAGAGUGAAAUGGGUUUGUAAUCCUAUGGGUGAGUGUGAAUUGACAGAAAUAUAAUUUUGGGGUGAACAUACUAAUAAAUAAUAAUACUAA